AUGAAGCUUGUGGUUCGUGUGAUUGAGGCAAAGAACUUGCCACCGACGGAUCCUAACGGGUUGAGUGACCCAUACGUGAGGUUGCAGUUGGGGAAGCAGAGGCACAAGACCAAGGUGAUCAAGAAAUGCUUGAAUCCAAGGUGGGAUGAAGAAUUUAGCUUUAGGGUUGAUGACCUCAAUGAAGAGCUUGUGAUCUCUGUCAUGGAUGAAGACAAGUUCUUCAAUGAUGACUUUGUUGGUCAGCUCAAGGUUCCAAUGUCACUUGUCUUUGAAGAGGAGAUCAAGUCCCUUGGCACUGCUUGGUACUCUUUGCAACCAAAGACCAAGAAGAUCAAGAACAAAGAAGCUGGUGAGAUUCGUUUGAGUAUAUAUUUUCAACAGAAGAAUGCAGCUGUGGAUUCAUAUGGUAAUGGUGAUCAAUUAUCACAUCCAAGAAAGUCGGCCGAUGGAGCCACUGAUUCACCUUCAAGGUCUUCUGCUGCCUCAAGCUCGUCUUCUCCUUCAAGGGAAGAAACUACGUCUUCUAAGGAAGAGAAGUCUAGUGCACAGAAAACACUCACAGGAAGAAUUGCUCAAAUUUUUAAUAAAGGUUCUUCUGAUAUGCCUUCAACCCCAUCCCGCAGAAGCAUUGACUCAGAGCAAUUCGAAAUCAUUAAAGAAGAAGUCAGUGAGAUCAAGACUGAAGAUGCGUCGUCUAAUGAAACAUUUGAAGAAGCUAUGAGUAAAAUUCAAUCUGCAGAUCAAGAAAGUGAAAUUCCUAGCAAUUUUUCAGGAGGGUUGCUUGUUGAUCAACAUUAUAUGACUGCACCCAAAGACUUGAACACAUUGCUGUUUUCGACUGAUUCAAAUUUUCUCAAGUCAUUGGCAGAGGUACAGGGUUCUACAGAACUUCAAGUAGGACCUUGGAAGUUUGAGAAUGGUGGGGAUUGCUUGAAAAGAUUAGUUAGUUACACCAAGGCUCCCAGCAAAUUAAUUAAGGCUGUCAAAGCCUUUGAGGAACACACGUACUUAAAAGCCGAUGGGAAGAACUUUGCUGUUUUGGCCAGUGUCAGUACUCCCGAAGUCAUGUAUGGGAGCACCUUUAAGGUAGAGCUACUCUAUUUGAUCACUCCUGGACCAGAGUUGCCGUCGGGAGAGCAGUGUUCCCAUCUCGUCAUAUCGUGGCGAAUGAAUUUCUUGCAAAGUACCAUGAUGAAAGGAAUGAUAGAAAAUGGGGCUAGGCAGGGUAUGAAGGAAAGCUUUGAUCAAUAUGCGACUUUGUUAUCUCAAAUGGUUAAACCUGUUGAUAUGAAGGACCUUAGUUCGAGUAAGGAACAAGCUCUAGCAUCAUUACAAGCGGAGACGCAGUCAGAUUGGAAGCUGGCAGUGCAGUAUUUUGCUAACUUCAUAGUGCUGUCGACAGUGCUCAUGGGGUUAUAUGUCCUUGUCCACAUUUGGCUGUCUGCACCGAGUACAAUUCAAGGGCUUGAGUUUGUUGGUCUUGACUUGCCAGAUUCAGUUGGUGAAUUGGUUGUUUGUGCAGUCCUUGUUCUUCAAUGUGAACGCAUGCUGGGUUUAAUCUCACGCUUUAUUCAGGCCAGAGCACAAAAGGGUAGUGAUCAUGGCAUAAAAGCACAAGGAGAUGGAUGGCUGCUAACUGUUGCCUUGAUUGAAGGAAGCAAUUUAGCUUCUGUUGAUUCCAGUGCCUUCUCCGAUCCAUAUGUUGUUUUCACUUGCAAUGGGAAAACAAGAACGAGCUCAAUCAAGUUCCAGAAAUCCAAUCCUUUAUGGAAUGAAAUAUUUGAAUUCGAUGCUAUGGAUGAUCCUCCUUCUGUGCUGGAUGUGGAGGUUUAUGAUUUCGAUGGACCCUUCGAUGAAGCUGUAUCGCUAGGACAUGCUGAAAUCAAUUUUCUUAAAGCAAACAUCUCAGAUCUUGCUGACAUAUGGGUUCCACUUGAAGGAAAGUUGGCUCUGGCAUGUCAAUCGAAGUUGCACUUAAGAAUUUACUUGGACAACACUAGAGGAGCCAAUGUUGCGAAAGACUACCUAAGUAAAAUGGAGAAAGAAGUGGGCAAGAAGAUUAAUUUGCGGUCUCCUCAGACAAAUUCAGCCUUUCAGAAACUCUUUGGGCUUCCGCCAGAGGAAUUUCUCAUCAAUGACUUUACCUGUCAUUUAAAAAGAAAAAUGCCACUUCAGGGUCGCCUAUUCCUUUCAGCAAGAAUAAUUGGAUUCCAUGCCAAUUUGUUUGGAAACAAGACAAAGUUCUUUUUUCUUUGGGAGGAUAUUGAAGACAUUCAGGUCAUCCCCGCGACAUUUUCAUCAAUGGGGAGUCCGGUCGUUGUCAUAACUCUUCGACCGGGUAGAGGUAUGGAUGCAAGGCAUGGUGCCAGGACACAAGAUGAACAAGGCCGGCUGAAGUUCCAUUUCCAGUCCUUUGUGUCUUUCAAUGUUGCACACAGGACUAUCAUGGCUCUGUGUAAAGCCAGAUCCCUCAGUCCUGAACAGAAAGUUCAGCUAGUUGAAGAAGAAUCCGAAACCAAAACCCUUGCUAGUGAAGAAAGCGGAACAUUCCUUGGCAUGCAUGAUGUUAGCAUGUCUGAGAUUCAUUCUUGCACUUUUCCAAUUCCUGCCAGUUUUUUCAUGGAGAUAUUUAGUGGCCGUGAGUUGGACCGUCGGGUCAUGGAAAAAUCUGGUUGCCUAAACUAUUCCUAUACCCCUUGGGUAUCCGAGGACAACGAAGUCUUUGAAAGGGCAAUAUAUUACAAAUUUGAGAAGCGUGUUUCGCGUUAUAAAGGUGAAGUGACAAGCACUCAGCAGAGAUCUCCCCUUCCAGAUGGAAAGGGUUGGCUUGUGGAAGAGGUUAUGAACUUUCAUGGAAUUCCACUUGGUGACUAUUUUAGUGUGCACCUUCGAUACCAAGUCGAGGAUUUACCGGCAAAAGCAAAGGGAUGUAAAGUUGUUGUAGCCUAUGGAGUUGAAUGGCUGAAAAGCACUAAGCAUCAGAAAAGAAUCGCAAAGAACAUUGUACAAAAUCUGCAGGAACGUUUAAAUUUGAUGUCCACCGUAGCCGAGAGGGAGCUUGUAUCGAAAUAACAAACGAGUCUCUGAACAAGCAAGCAUGGGAGGUAGCUGUUAUUCCCGCGUCGAAAAAUAAUUUUUCACAAUUCAUCAAUUCAUGAACUUGGAGCAGAAUUUAUAUGAUGGAUCAUAUCAUAAAGGGUUCAUGUGAUUUGUGCAUUCUGGGUUCUUAACUGCAUUGAAUAUCAGUGAAACUAACCCUGAUAGUGGAGGAAUCUGUGGAGAUUGAUGUUACUUGUCUUUAGGAAGUUUUGAAUCAGAGAUAUGAUGAUGCUGAGAUUUGAGAUGCUCUUCCAUACAGAUUUUCUGAUUGGUUCUCCCAUUGUAAAUGACUAGUUUUGACUAUUUAGAAUUUAGAUGAUUUAAUUGAUAGCAGAAUACAUAGGUUACAAUUUACAUAUAUAGCAAUUGUUGUAACCAUUGUUGUAACCAUUGUUUUAGGCCUCAGAACACCAUGAUAUGAAGGCACAUAUCCUAUAGCAGCUAUAGUCAGUUUCUCUCAUAUAUUGAUUUGUUAAACACAUUCAUAAUGAGAUUACUUUUUAGACAUUGAUUUUU